UCAGGAACCUUCCCACGUGGAGAUCUUCAAGGGUUAUCAGAGUCAGUGAACGCAAAGGGAUGAAGUUCAAAGCAUCCGGUCGGAGAAAGUGUCAAAAUCAAGAUAAUUUCAAUUCUGAUUAACUUUGUCCUAUACAUGUGUGCUUGUGUCUCCUGCCAAUAUUUGAAAGGCCACCUGAACAGGUGGUUCCUUUCUACCUUCCCUAAUAGUGUCAGCGUGAGGGGAUCAGGCACCUACAUUCAUUUCUACGAUUCUACACAUAAUGGAUCAUCGACUGUUCACCAAUACUCUUAUUUUAAUUACAUCGGCACUCACUGUUACGAUGGGUCUAAAUUACACCGACAUUGAUUUACCAGAAGAGCACUUAAAAUAUUAUUUUCAUUCUUUUCCUAAGAUAGCAGAAAAAUGUAAGAAUGAUUCGAUGUGCCCUUAUAAGGAACACUUAAAUAUAGAAGCAUGUUGGGGAUACGAAGAUGAUUGCAAAUCAAAAAAUUCAUUCUCCACUCCACAUUGUCCAGGCGAUCAUAAAGGAUGGGUUGCAACGAAGAAGGCACAGUUAGAUACCUUUUAUAAUCAAGGCGAUUUUGGGUACAUAAAGGAACAGCGAAAAGAGAUGUCAGUACUCUGUACUCCAUUAUUUUUAGAUGAUUCGGCACUGGAGUGUUCCAAGCACAUGAGAUUCUGCCGAGGAAGAAAUAUCAUGCUCAACUUUACUGAUUUAAUAAAUAGAAAAGAGCCGAUAAGGUACAAAAUGGAUGUUCUGUCCGAAGGACAAAUUGGAGGAUAUUGCACAUUGAAUGAGAAGAAGCUGGAAGAACAAGCUGAUCACCUCAGUCCACUGCAAUCUUGGGGACCAGAACUGAGAUUUUUUAGAAAACUACCUCAAAGACCAAUUACAUCGGGACUCUGCGAUGUUGUAAUUGAAAAACCGACAUACAUCCUGAAGAUUGAUGCUACAGUGAACAUGUACCAUCACUUCUGCGACUUUUUUAAUCUCUAUGCAUCUCUCCACGUAAAUCUCUCGCAUCCUGCUGCUUUCAGUACGGACAACAACAUCCUGAUCUGGGAAAGCUACAACUAUAAUUCUGCAUUUAAGGACACCUUUAAAGCAUUUACAAGGAACCCACUGUGGGAUCUUAAGACAUUUAGAGGAGAGACAGUAUGUUUUAAAAAUGUAGUAUUCCCUCUAUUACCUCGUAUGAUCUUCGGUCUAUACUACAACACGCCUCUUAUUUAUGGCUGUGAAAAAAGUGGGCUAUUCAAAGCUUUCAAAGAACACGUUUUGCAUCGUUUAAAAAUUCCACUGCAUCCAAGAAAGAGUUCGAAGAUCCGGGUAGUUCUACUCAGUAGAGAUACACAAUAUAGAAACAUUUUGAAUCAGGAUGAACUGGUAACUGCUUUGAAGAAAAAUCCUAAUUACCACGUUAAGAAGGCAGUUUAUAAUAAAAAUAUGUCAUUUAAAAAGCAGCUGGAAAUCAGUAGUAACGCAGAUAUUUUCAUUGGCAUCCAUGGCGCAGGAUUAACUCAUAUGAUGUUCCUCCCAGAUUGGGCGGCAGUCUUUGAAUUGUACAACUGUGAAGAUCCUAGUUGUUACAAGGAUUUAGCAAGGCUACGUGGAAUUAAAUACUUCACAUGGGAAAAUCUCGAAAAACUCGUCCAACAGGAUCCUGGAACUCAUCCAGAUGGCGGAGCUCAUGCCAAAUUCACUAAUUAUAGCUUUGAUGUCAAGGAGUUUUUGCGCAUCGUCACACUAGCAGAAAAACAUGUAAAGAACCAUAAUAAGUUUAAAGACUUUAUGAUGAAGAGCUUAGAAACAAAUUUAACAAAUCACAAAAAUCUAAUUAGAGACGACCUAUAACAAGAGGUGUAACAUUUUUUAUCGGCGAAAACGUUAAAGUUCUUGUGGAUCGUCCUGAUGGCAUUUAUUGUUUUCGAGAAAAGAAAAACCGAG